GGUCUGUUUCUUAGAAUACGCUCCGACGUUCCCCCGGCUCUGCAUUUACCCAAGUCACCGAUACGACAAGUCUCGACGAAAUGGCGGCGCAGACCAUCUACCCCAACGGCCACGUCGGUUUCGACAGCAUCACGUCCCAAAUCGAGCGCAAGCUGCUGAAGAGAGGCUUUCAGUUCAACGUCAUCUGCGUUGGCCAAACUGGUCUGGGGAAAUCGACCCUGAUCAACACCAUCUUCGCAUCCCACCUGAUAGAUUCGAAGGGCAGGCUACUCCCCGAUGAGGCCGUCCGCUCUACUACCGAGAUCCACCCUGUAUCGCACGUCAUCGAGGAGAACGGCGUCCGUCUGAAGCUCAACAUCGUCGACACCCCCGGCUAUGGCGACUUGGUCAACAACGACCGCUGCUGGGACCCUAUUGUCAAGUACAUCAAGGAUCAACAUUCUGCUUACCUGCGAAAGGAGCUUACGGCGCAGCGAGAGCGUUACAUUUCCGAUACUCGCAUCCACUGCUGCCUGUUCUUCAUCCAGCCUUCCGGUCACUCGCUGAAGCCAAUUGAUAUUGUGGUGCUGAAGAAGCUUUCGGAUGUCGUCAACGUCGUACCGGUCAUUGCCAAAGCCGACUCGUUGACCCUAGAGGAGAGACAAGCUUUCAAGGAGCGCAUCAAGGAGGAAUUUGCCUUCCACAACCUUAAAAUGUACCCCUACGACAAUGACGAGCUUGAUGAGGAGGAGCGCUCGAUCAACACCCAAAUUAAGAGCCUUAUCCCUUUCGCUGUCGUCGGCUCCGAGAAGUCGAUCAUCGUCAAUGGCAAGCAAGUCCGCGGCCGUCAAAACCGGUGGGGAGUCAUCAACGUUGAGGAUGAGAACCACUGCGAAUUUGUCUAUCUGAGGAACUUCCUGCUCCGAACGCACCUCCAGGAUCUCAUCGAGACUACCUCUCAGAUCCACUACGAGACGUUCCGUGCCAAGCAAUUGCUGGCAUUGAAGGAGAGCAGCGCACAAGGCCAUGGCAGCCGACCAAUCAGCCCUGCCGCCGAUCGCGAAAUCAGCAGAGGUUCCCAACGGAUGACCAUGAACGGCUACUAGGUCUUCGGGACUCGAUUCUCUAUGUAUGCUUUCCACGAGGCGUCGUGGGGUUUAAUAUCUUCGCAGCCCACGCGAAAGUUAGUUUCGUUUACUCCUUUACGACUAUCAUAAUGAGCUUCCC